AUGUCUCCCUCACCUGCCCCUCAGCCGGCGACCGCGGAUAUCGGCUAUAUGACCGAGCCUGGUCCGCUGGAGAACACGUACACGUCGGAUACGAGCCUUAAACGGGCGCUAUCAUGGUACCUUCCAUCCGCUACACUGCAAUCAGUAGAACAACAUUUCACGCAACUCGGUGCCGAGGCUAUUUCCAAUCAGAUCCGUGAAUGGAGUGCGGACGCUGAGCGCAAUCAACCAUACGUGAAGAGCCAUAAUGUCUGGGGCAAACGGUAUGACUAUGAUCGAUUGGUGACCACUGAGGGUUGGAAGCAACUGGGCAAAUGGGGUGCUCGUAACAGAAUCGUGUCUGCAGGCUAUGAUCCAGCCUUGGGCGUUGACAGAAGGACGGUUCAAUAUGCAUUGUGGGUACUCUUUCUGGAUGAAUUUGAGCUGCAGUCACUUACAGUCUACGACAACAGGAACUAUCUGUACUCUCCUUCUUCGGGUCUCUACUCGUGUCCGAUUAGUAUGACCGAUGGAGCUGCUUUUAUCCUAUCCUCCAGAAUUGGAAAGCUUCCAGUGAACCAUCCCUUCCAUGCUGCCUUUCAAGGGCUGACUUCCGAGGGAGAUGAUCAUUGGACUUCUGGCCAGUGGAUGACCGAGAGAGCUGGUGGAAGUGACGUGCAAAACACCGAGACCUGGGCUACCUACUCACCACUGGCCAAAGGCUCAGGCGCUGAUCCCCUGGGCGAUGGAGACUAUCUCAUCAACGGAUUCAAAUUCUUCUCGUCAGCAACAGAUGCCAACCUGGCUCUUUUGCUGGCAAAAACACCAUCUGGAAAGCUGAGCACAUUCCUCGCACCACUCCGACGGACAGUAGUCGGCUCCGACGGUGUCUCCAAGGUAGUAUCAAAUGGAGUCAGGAUCCACCGUCUGAAAAACAAAUUAGGGACGAAGGAAUUACCCACGGCUGAAUUGGAGCUCAAGGAUAUGCGCGCUCAUCUUGUUGGUGAACUGGACCAGGGUAUUGUCACCAUUGCACCAUUGCUCAAUGUCACCCGCAUUCAUACCUUUGUCGGAUCCCUGGCUGGUUGGCGCCGGGCCAUUAGUAUCACAAAGAGCUUCGCCAAGGCUCGGACUACCGUCGGGGAACCUCUUUGGCUAAUACCCAUGCAUUUGCGACUUUUGGCGGACUUGGAAGUGAAACAUCGAGGUGGCAUGGCACUAUGCUGGUUCACGGUCGCUAUAUUCGGGCUCGUCGAGAAUAGACUGGCGGCUUCCACGAAGCUCGCGCAUCUUCCGCAGCCUGGGAAGGAGGCUGACGUGGUCUUCCGUACUUUGACUGCCACCGCAAAGGCCGUGAUAAGUAAGAUGGCUACCCUCGGGAUCAUCGAAUGCCAGGAGUCUAUGGGUGGAGUAGGCUACAUGGAUGAGGCCGACGAGCCCGAGUUCAACAUCUCUCGCAUCCUGCGGAAUACAUCUGUGAAUUCAAUUUGGGAGGGCACUACCAAUGUUCUCGCCAGUGAGAUGGUUCGGUUCCUUCUGAAGAAGGACAAUCUAAACAUCUUCAGAGUAUGGCUUGAUCGUACUCUGGCUCUGAUUCAAACAGCCAAUCUGCGCGAUGCUUUGAUUACUGCCUGGUUUGCACUUCGCGCUCGGUUCUCGAAGAACGAUCCUGCUACGAUAGUCGCUGAUGCACGUCGCUAUAUGUUUACCCUUGCUUGGAUACUGUCCGGAGCCCUUCUGGCUCUUGACUCUGAACGCGAUCGCGAUCCUGUAAGCACGGAGAUUGCCCGUCGCUGGGUUUUAAGUGCCGAGGGUGGCGUGGGAGACAUGGUAUUCCAUGACAUUGUUACAUCCCGCGAUGCUGCUAGCGCUGCCUCUUCGGGCGAGGAGCAUCUGCAAUGGGACUGUCGCAUUGCCUGGGGUGUCGAGUUGCCUGCGAAUCGUGCAUCUGGACAUCGCUCGUUGCAAAAUGCUAGUGCAAAGCUGUAA